AAUAUACUAGCGCGAAAACAUAAUACUUCCGGGUCACAGCAGAAAAAUACAAAACAUAAACAUAAAUAAGCUGUGUGCAAAAUAUAUGACAUACAUUUUGUAAUUUAUUUGAUUUUAUAUUGGAACACACAGCGUUCAUUUAUAGCUGUAUUAAUGAACAUGCUCGAUGUCACCAAGUGGCCAAUAUUCAGUCUGUUAGAUCCGAACGAAGCUACAAAGAUCGCGAAAAUAUGUGUCUUCGGUAGUUCUGGAAAUGAAGCCAUCUACAUAACCAGCUCGGACGAUGUGUAUGCGAUCGGCUCAAAUUGCAGUGGAUGCCUUGGUCUAGGUGACUCUCACAGCAGCUUGGAACCAAGGCGAAUCGAUUCUCUAUGCAGGAAGCGCAUUGUUGAUUGCAAGAAUACUUUAUCUGUAGGUGACUCUCACAGCAGCUUGGAACCAAGGCGCAUCGAUUCUCUAUGCAGGAAGCGCAUUGUUGAUGUGGCAUUUGGAAGUGGGCCACAUGUGCUAGCAGUUACAGACACGGGUGAGGUGUACAGUUGGGGUCACAAUGGUUACUGUCAGCUGGGUAAUGGAGGCUCCACGCAAGGAGUUGUACCCCUCCUGGUCAGCACAAACCUACAGGGCCGACGCGUGUCUAAGGUUGCUUGUGGCAGCCAUCACUCCAUGGCUCUGACCAUAGAAGGGGAGAUUUAUGCCUGGGGUCAGAACAACUGUGGCCAGGUGGGGUCAGGCACUACAACCAAUCAGCCUACGCCGCGCAAAGUCAUAGCAGUCAUAGGUUCAAGAGUAGCCAUUUCAAUUGGCUGUGGACAGACUUCUUCCAUGGCGUUGAUGGAAAAAGGGGAGGUCUAUGGAUGGGGUUACAAUGGCAAUGGUCAGCUUGGACUGGGUAACAACGUGAACCAACCAAACCCCUGCCGUGUUCAGAUGCUGCAGACCACCAUCCUUUCACAGAUAGCAUGCGGUUACGCUCACACGUUGGCGCUAUCAGACGAGGGAGAGCUGUUCUCUUGGGGAGCAAACUCGUACGGGCAGUUGGGGACCGGAAACAAGGCAAACCUCGUCACACCCUCACGAGUGUCUGCAGAUGGAGAAAGAUUUAUCGAGGUGGCGGCAAGUCACUACUCGCACAUUUCAGCGGCCAUGACAGAGACGGGCAAGGUGUACAUGUGGGGUCAGGCUAGGGGCCAGUCCAUCACGACCCCGCUACUCACACAGUUCAUGUGCACGGACGACGUGUUCUCUGCAUUUUCCACACCUCCAGUCACCUGGCGCACGCAUUCAGUCAAUCAGAUGAAGGGCAGUCGAGUAAUGAACUGUAUCGCUCAGUCCUUUGAUGACCCGAUAACCAGUGAUGUAAAAUUCAAAGUGGAGGGCAAGGAAAUAUGUGUUCACAAGUCUAUCCUGAAAAUCAGAUGUGAGCAUUUCCGGUCCAUGUUUCAACCAUGUUGGGAUGAAUCAGGCAAAGACGUGGUAGAGAUAACUCAGUAUCCCUUCAUCGUGUACAAGGCAUUCUUGAAGUAUCUCUACACAGACCAGCUCGAUCUGCUGCCAGAAGAUGCCAUAGGCCUCCUGGAUCUAGCCAACUCCUAUUGUGAGCCCCAUCUCAAGAGGAAGUGUGAGCAGAUCAUUCGACACGGUAUCAGCGUUCAUAAUGUAGCCAUGUUGUAUGCAGCCGCUAUCAAGUACGAAGCCAAGGAACUUGAGGAUUUCUGCUUCCGGUUUUCAUUGAACCACAUGACUGCUGUGACUCAGACAUGCGCCUUUGAGGAACUUGAUGAGUCUAUUCUAAAGGAGUUCAUACGCAAGGCCGGACAGGCCGGGGCUUUUCGCUACUAGGAGCUUUCAGGAAGAUAAAUACUGACCAUUAAGGACCUAAAAGCUAACACCUAAAAUUGAUUCCAGACAUGGAACUCAAAGCUUAGCCGUAAAAUUGGUUCCAUGCAUGAAACUAAAAGCUAAGCUGGAGAAUUGGUUCCAGGAAUGAAACUAAAAGCUAAGCUGGAGAAUUGGUUCUUGGCAUUGAACUAAAAGCGAAGCCAGAAAAUUGGUUCCAGGCAUUGAACUAAAAGCUUAGCCUGAAUAUUGGUUCCAGGCAUUUAACUAAAAGCUAAGCCAGAAAAUUGGUUCUAGGCAUUGAACUAAAAGAUAAGUCGGAAAAUUGGUUCCAAGCAUGGAACUAAUAGCUCAGCCAGAAAAUUGGUUCCAGGUAUUGAACUAAAAGCUUAGCCUGAAAAGUUUUACAAGGCUCCGGUUCAAGGAGCAGUAUUAAUAUCAACCGUGUUGGCUGGUACAAUGAGUCUUGCUGGAAAAUCUCUGCCGGUGGGGUUUUUACCAGGUUCCUGUUAAAUCUGCUCAGACAUUUUUUUUGCACCAUGAUGUUUUGUUGCUUUUUUGGUAAAUCCCUGUUCUGCAAUAUCACAAGUAAAUCAUAAAUAAUAACAACACAGUAAAUUGGAUAAUUUUGCCAGUAAUGUACAUGUUCAUGGAAUGAUGUGUGCAAAAACAUGCACUGAAUCUCUGAGAAAGCAACUUUCUCAUGUUGCUCUAUUUACUGUAAAAAAAGUGAAUAGGUAGCUAUGCCUUAAUGCUUGAGUGAACAGGAAAUCGCUGGAUGAUUGGCAGUAUUAAAUGUUAUUCUUCUCUCUGUCUGUACCUCAUUGGCAAUAGGUUGAUUUGUUAAGCUGUUUAAUUUUUCUACUGGAAGAAAUGAAUUGGUUGGCUGUGUCAUGUGUUCCUUUGAAGAUUACAUGUCCAUCUGUAUCCAGGUACUUCAUUAGUACCAGAUAGUAGUUCUUCCAGAAGAGAAUUGGGUUGCUGUAGUAUUUCAGAAUGUGAUUGUAUGGUUGUAUUUUGUAAAUGAAAUUAUUUAUUAAAACUGAUAUCAGGCACAUAGUUUUAUAACAAAUAUUUAGAAAACAUGACAUAUGCUUGUUCUGUUUCAUAUUCACAUUUUCACAAAUUUAGAAGAGUGCGUGCUAACUAAUGUUGUGAUACAGGUUAGUGGACCAAACAGUAAAAAAAAUAAUGCAUAGAAUAUUAUGUUUGACAUUUUUUUAAUUAGAUAAAUAUUUUAUUUCUAAAACCAAUAUACUUAAAAACAUAUUUAGAUACAUUUAAUUCCAAUGCCCAGUUGUACAUUUCUGGUAUUCAAGCUUACAAUAAUUAGCACAAAUAAAUUAUACCGGGGUAUGUGUACAUUAAAUUAUUUAUUUGUACUAAUUAUUUCCGGGGUAUGUGUACAUUUAUUUAUUUAUUUGCACUAAUUACUUUUGCCGUGUGAUGGUGAAUCAACAGUUUAAACUUAAAACUGAUUACUUAUGUGCACCUAUGCCAGCAUUUACCUUGUAUACUUUCUUCAUCCAUUUUGUACAUGUACAGAUUAUUGUAAGUCUUUCAGUGACAGAAUGUAUGAAAUUUAUUUACGUGCAAUCAUAGUCAAUCAGUGUACUUUGUGAUUUUGAAAAUAAACUGUUUCUUGCAAGUGUU